UAUUAGCCAUGUAUAUAUGAAAAGACACACCUGCAGUUUACCAGAAACGGCUGAUAUUCAAACCUCUGACUUGUUGCUUUACAAAAGAGUUUGGUUUAAGCUGAAAUCAUGAAGGCUCUUGUCUGUGCUCUUGUUGUGAUGCUUGUGUGCAGUGUAACUGUACAUUCACUUGAAUGCUUUACCUGUCAGGAUGACGACUGCAAGGUUGCAACAGUGUGCCCCUCAUCUGCCAACUACUGCAAGACUGUGUCCAAUGCGACUUACUUGUCCCGUACAUGUGAGGAGUUUUGUACACCCGAGGUCAAUGUCUACUGCUGCACUGAAGACUUCUGUGGUUGAACAUGUCUACACACAGCCUUAUUAUACAUAAAAAUGAGACAUGUAUAAUAACUAAUCAAAUUACAGUGUAAUCCCUUACUGAUCAGUAAAUCAGCAUAUGCACUUUAAACAUUUAAUAAAAUCAUCUUCAUUAAUUA